AUGCUGGGAUCUUGUGAUGGUAGCGCAAUUAAAUUAUUAGAAUUUUUGGAACAUAUGAAUCUUCGCCAAUAUGUAACGAAACCAACUCAUUUUACUGAUCAUUCGAAGACUUUACUUGACGUAAUAUGCAGCAGCAGUAGGGUUAUGAAUGUUAUAAUUGACUAUGUGCCAGAUCUCAGUAGCCAUGCCUUUAUUUCUUGUGAAUUGAAUGUAAGGAAACCUAAACCAGUGCCUCGAUGGAUAACCUACAGGCCUCUCGGUGAUAUUGACAUCGACGUUUUCAAUGAACAUGUAAAUUGCAUACCAUGGGAACUAUUGAUGAAAGGCAAUAUUAAUGAGUCAGUCGCUGUUUUUAACAUGCUUAUUAGUGCCUUAUUUGAUAUUCAUGCGCCUGUGAAGACAUUGUAUUUAAAGGACCGGAGUUACCCAUGGAUAACACAAACUAUUAAAGAUAUGAUGAGAUUGAGAGAUAAAGCUCACGCAAAAAGUCAUCGUACGAAAUUGGAGGUCGAUAAAGAGUACUAUAAACAACUUAAAAGUUUAGUUAAUGUUGCCUUAUAUAACGAAAAAAGAGCGUAUUAUAGAUAUUACAUAAAUAAGAACAUGAAUGAUCCACGUAACCUCUGGAGGAACGUAAAACGUAAUAUUGUUGAUUUUAAAAAGGAUUGCUCCGAUUUACCACAACACCUUGGUGACGCUGAUCUCAUUAAUGAUCAUUUUCUUGGUGUCCCUGGCAAUGACAGUAUUAGUAUAUCUCAAUUAAUGUAUUUUUAUUAUCAUAGAUUCUGCCCUGCGGUAUUCAGCUUGAAAGAGAUAAAUGAAUCAGUUGUAUUAAAAAUAAUAAAUAGUAUUAAAACUAACGCACAAGGAGCAGAUGGUAUAACUUUAAAAAUGAUACUUAUGACAUUGCCAAGAACAUUGGGUGUGAUUACUCAUAUUGUUAAUACAUCGCUGAUUAGUGGCAUUUUUCCAGAUCUAUGGAAAGAAGCUAUAGUAAAACCUCUUCCAAAAGUCAGUCAACCCACUGAAUUAAAAGAUCUACGACCAAUUAGCAUUCUACCAUUUCUAUCAAAAAUUAUAGAGAAAGCAGUAUGUAUGCAGUUAAGAGGAUAUCUUAAUAUAAAUAACAUUUUACCUCAGAAACAGUCAGGUUUCCGAGCUGGUAGGAGUACCUCUACUGCGCUUUUGAAUGUGGUUGAUGACAUACUGGCCGGCCAGGACAUCGGACUAGGAGCAAUUCUGGUGUUGCUUGAUUAUUCCCGCGCAUUUGAUACUUUAAAUACUAAACUACUUAUGGCGAAAUUAACAUAUUACGGGUUUGAUGAUAUUGCACUGAAGUGGUUCUAUAGUUAUUUAUCGGAUCGUUCUCAGAGGGUGGAAGUGACUAAUCUCAAUGGUAUAAGGAAUGUAUCUGCCGCUGCUGUUAUAAAUAAAGGAGUUCCCCAAGGCUCUAUUUUAGGACCUCUCCUAUUUAUUCUUUAUACUGCUGACUUACCUGGAUGCAUAUUAGAUACUGAAUAUCAUUUAUAUGCUGACGAUCUCCAGGUUUACAAAUCAUUCAUACCCACUGAAACCGAGACAGCUGUGCGUAAAAUUAACCAAGAAUUGGACCGUAUUGCAGAGUGGUCGGAAAAAAACGGUCUAGUUUUAAAUCCGUCCAAAAUUAAAUUCAUUGUUCUUGGAUCGAAAAAACAAAUAGAUGUAAUUAAUAGUUACGGCCCCGUGGUUACUAUAAAAAAUGCUAAUAUUCAGCAAGUAUCAGAGGCUAGAAAUUUGGGUGUAUUGAUGGACAGCAAUCUGAGAUUUGAGAAACACGCAAAUAAUAUUGUUAAGCAAUGUUAUUACAGAUUGAGGGUAUUAUAUAAGUUCGAUCUGAAUGCCCAAUGGCACAAUGAAGCCUUAAAUAACGUCAGUGGAUGUCGGUGCGGCGCCUCAGAGACGUCUAGAGGCGCAACUCUCGAAUCGACUGGACUGACGGACAAUACCACUACGUUGACUGCACCGCCAGUGGCAUUCAUUCAGCGGGUGCGCGGCGCGGCGCGGCGGGCCGACCAGACCGCAUCCGCAUUUACGGGUUAUUCGACUGCGAAAAGAUAG